UAUACAUAAAAAUCAAUUUUAAAAAAAAUAAAAAAAUUCAUAGAUAUACAACCACACUACAAAGCAUAAAACAUUGUGCUUUGCUUCUCUCUCUAAAAACAAAAAAACACACAAGAGAGAGAAAAUUUCAGCUUCCUCCAAUGGCGGGAGUGUACAUCUCCUUCUCUUCCCUAAUCCUCAUCGUCCCACUCGCCCUCCUCCUCCUCCUCUACUUCAUCGUCCGACCCAAGCCCGCCCGCGUCCCAAUCAAAAACCGCCACGUGUUCAUCACCGGCGGCUCCAGCGGCAUCGGCCUCUCCCUCGCCCACCUCUGCGCCCGACAAGGCGCGAGCGUCUCCCUCCUCGCGCGCGACGCCGCCAAGCUCGAGGAGGCCAAGCAAUCCAUCAAGCUCGCCACCGGGUGCGACGUCAGCGUCUUCAGCGCUGACGUCAGGGACUACGACGCCGUCAAGCGGGCGGUCGAGGAGGCCGGCCCGAUCGAUGUCCUCGUGUGUAACCAUGGGGUUUUCGUGCCGCAGGAGCUGGCGGAGCAGGAGAUCGAGGAGAUCAAGUUUAUGGUGGAUGUGAAUUUGAUGGGGACUUUCCAUUUGAUUAAGGCGGCGUUGCCCGGUAUGAAGAAGAAUCGGGCCGAAUUGGGCCCGGGUUCGAUUGCUAUCAUGUCUUCUCAGGCGGGCCAGGUUGGUAUAUACGGUUAUACAGCUUAUUCAGCUAGUAAGUUUGGGCUAAAGGGUUUGGCAGAAGCACUUCAACAAGAGAUUAUAUCAGACAACAUUCAUGUAUCUCUCAUCUUCCCUCCAGACACCGACACACCUGGUUUGGUCGAAGAGACGAAGAGAAGGCCACAGCUAACGAGUAUAAUAGCUGCAUCAUCUGGGGCAAUGAAAGCCGAUGAAGUGGCUAAGAAGUCUUUGAACGGAAUCGAAUCGGGCACUUUUAUCGUUCCCUGCAAUUUCGAGGGUUUUUUGCUCUCUGUAGCAACUGCUGGUCUUUCGCCUCAAAGAUCGUUUCUGAUGGCGUUUGUUGAGGUAACCACAGCUGGUUUAAUGCGCCUUGCCGGCUUGUUUUUCCAGUGGAACUGGUACGGCGCCAUUGACAAGUGGCGUUCAACUAACACCCGAACAUAAAUCGGAAUCUCGGGUCUCGAUUUGUAGCUUCUUUUUUUUUUUUUUUUUUUAUUAUUAUAAUAUUGUUCUGGUUGGAGCUUUAUUUUUUCGUGGAUGAUUGUGUAUUAAUUGUAACAUCAAUUAUUAUUGUGAGUGCACAAAUUUUAAGAACACUAAUAAGUCACAAUUUC